GACCCGCCACGUUCCGCACGUAGCGCCCGGGUAGCGGCGUUAGAGCGGCAGGCUGGCGCCGGGGGCUCCGGCUCCUCCGGCGGGGCUCGGGAUGAGGCUGGCGAGGCUGCUGCGGGGCGGCCCGGGCGUCAGGCCGCUCUGCGCCGCCGUCCCCAGCGCCAGCCGCAGCCUGGCCUCGGGCUCGGCCUCGGGCUUCAGGCCGGCGUCGGAGCAAGGCGUUCCGGGCCAAGUGGACUUCUACGCGCGCUUCUCGCCGUCGCCGCUCUCCAUGAAGCAGUUCCUGGACUUCGGAUCAGUAAAUGCUUGUGAAAAGACCUCGUUUAUGUUUCUGCGACAGGAGUUACCAGUUAGAUUGGCAAAUAUCAUGAAAGAAAUAAGCCUCCUUCCAGAUAAUCUUCUCAGGACCCCAUCCGUACAGCUGGUACAAAGUUGGUAUAUCCAGAGCCUUCAGGAGCUGCUUGAUUUUAAGGACAAAAGUGCUGAAGAUGCUAAAACUAUUUAUGAAUUCACAGACACAGUGAUACGGAUCAGGAACCGGCACAAUGACGUCAUUCCCACCAUGGCCCAGGGUGUGGCCGAGUACAAGGAGAGCUUUGGGGUGGAUCCUGUCACCAGCCAGAAUGUCCAGUACUUUCUGGAUCGAUUCUACAUGAGUCGCAUUUCAAUUAGAAUGCUACUCAACCAGCACUCUUUAUUGUUUGGUGGAAAAGGAAGCCCAUCUCAUCGAAAACACAUUGGAAGCAUCAAUCCAAACUGCGAUGUGGUCGAGGUUAUUAAAGAUGGCUAUGAGAACGCUAGGCGGCUUUGUGAUUUGUAUUAUGUUAACUCUCCUGAACUAGAACUUGAAGAGCUCAAUGCGAAAUCACCAGGACAGACAAUACAAGUGGUUUAUGUACCAUCCCAUCUCUAUCACAUGGUGUUUGAGCUGUUCAAGAACGCAAUGAGGGCAACUAUGGAGCAUCAUGCUGACAAAGGCUUCUAUCCACCCAUUCACGUUCAUGUCACACUGGGCGAGGAGGAUUUGACUGUGAAGAUGAGUGACCGGGGAGGAGGUGUUCCGCUCAGGAAGAUCGACAGACUUUUCAACUACAUGUACUCAACGGCACCCCGGCCUCGUAUGGAGACGUCCCGUGCAGUGCCCCUGGCUGGUUUUGGUUACGGGUUGCCCAUAUCACGCCUCUACGCACAGUACUUCCAAGGAGACCUUAAGCUGUAUUCCUUAGAGGGCUACGGGACUGAUGCCGUUAUCUAUAUUAAGGCUCUGUCGACAGAAUCCAUCGAAAGACUCCCCGUGUAUAAUAAAGCUGCCUGGAAACAUUACAGAACCAACCACGAGGCCGAUGACUGGUGUGUCCCCAGCAGAGAGCCGAAAGACAUGACCACAUUCCGAAGCUCUUAAGUGCACGUGGACGCCUGGAAAACCCAAAUGUGGUUUAUGCUAAAUCGGGAAGAGAUGUGUUUGGAACCACUUUGCACCAAUAUGUCAUGUGUGAUUUUCACAAUUCGUGUUUGCUAAAGCUCCUAAAGGAUCAAUUAUACCAGCUUCACUCUGAUGUGCGGUUAACUGGGUGUAUUUUUGAACACUGAUAAUCUGGGUCGACUUCCCUUGGUGUGGUAGAAUUACGGAGGUGAAGUCUCUGGGUUUCUGUAGGAAGAUGAAUAUUUCUUUCAAGUUUUCAUUUAGGUCUGCUGAAACAUCGUGUAAAGAAUGUGGAGGAGCUGGUUAGCGGCCUCUCUGCUUUUGGGGUUCUGUCAUCUCCUAGGGGUACCACCUACUCAGAUGGUCUCAUCUCCCGCGCAAGCAGAGCACAGUGGUGCCAGUAGAACCUACAUGCGUCGUGAGAGUGCUGAAGUUAACUGAUCAUGGCGGUUUUAUUGCAGUGGAAUGUAAUGACUGGUUCCCCGCGGAGCUAAGUCCGGGUCGUGAGUAGUGUGCUUAGGAACGAUGCAAGGGAUUUUCAUUAAAAACGAACUCUUCCUGUCUAGUCCUGGCUGGCCUUGAAUUUAGGAUGCCCUUCCUUAACAUCAGUGCUGUGAUGAGAAGGGCGUGCCACCACAUCUGGCUUAGAAGAGGCAUGUUUAUUCCCCAAACAAGCAAAGUACGGGCAGAGAAUACACUGAGGGCGAAGCACCAAGCGUUCCAGACUGAACUGAUUGCCUGCUGUGAUUAUCUGCUGGAGCUUUUGGAAAGAAUGCAUUUCUCCGGGUCAAACUCCAGGCACCUGGAGGCUGAAGGCCAGGGCUAAGUUUCUCAAGUACUUGCUGCUGGGGCUCAAGGCUGGCCUGGCUGAAACCACACUUGAGAGUGAAUAGUGGCAUAACUGCUGUUGCCAAAGUGACAGGUUGGAUCGGUAGGCCUUGGUUCCCCGUCUCCAGGCCAGGUGGACAUGCUUGAGGGACAUACUCCGCCUCUCAGGCCUGAGAGAUGAGGGAGACUGCAGGAAGUCAGGUGACCAGAGGCCACGUCACCUUGGUUAAGUGGAGACAAGGACAUAUAUUUUUCGUAUAUGUUUUUCAUAUAUUUAAAGCAGAGAAAAGUCAGCUUAGAUUGAUUACAAAAAUCCUUUGUUCCUGUGUGGUAAUUUAAAGCUCGCAGAUACUCUGGAGUGUCAGUUAUUUGUAUCAAAACUAUGAAGCAGUGACAUCUUAGUUCUCACUGAAAGUGACCCAAAGUCACAUAAAAUUGGAGCCACAGCCUGAGCCAUCCCUGCUGAUCACCAUCCACUGUCUGGAAUGAUCUUACCUUGUCUAUUAAGUGACGGAGAAAUACUAUGAAGACAUGCUUCGCUGUUUAACUGGAGGGAUUUGGGGGUUUGGUUUGGAAACUUCUCUGAGUUAAAAUAUCUCUUGACAAGAUUUCUCAAGUUAUUGCUCUAUCGCAUAAAUAUGUACAUUAAUACAAAAGCCAAACCAUACAAUAUGGCACAAAAUAGAAUUGAGGCUGCUCCUGGGUGAUCAGUCCAAGACCCCCUUAUCAGGUCAAGGAGCCUGAGACUGGUCCUAGUGGCCUAGGGCUUUUAGCUAAUACUACCAAAUGUUGGAAAAGGCACACAUAUACCCGCUGUUCCUAAUUGAGGGUUGAGGGCUUUGUGAGAAGUAAUAGACUGUGUUCAUGAGUGACAUUGAUUCAGUGUAUUACACUUGUUAGCUUUAAAUUACAUUUUCUCGAAAUGAUGAAAUAUUUUGGAACCUUUUGUACAACUGUCAAUAAAUGUACUAUUUUUACUUGUGAACUACUUUUUCCUCUCCAAGGAAUUAAAAAGUUUUCCCUCCUAAUCAAGAGCUAAGAAAUGUUUUCAGACAAGAAGUAAAAUUAUUUUACUUUAGUCUCUCUUUAAGAUGUAGCACCUUUUUGCUUGGUUUUCAUGGUAAUAGAUAGAAAAUUGUGUGUGAAAAUGUUCUGGGAAGGCCUUUUCAGAGUUGCUUUUAAAGAUACCUAAAAGGUUUUUAGAUUCUUAAGGUGAGCUAUUUUUGUCUGCCAGCAUUAAAUUUAUGUGGUAUAGGUAUGAAAAUAGAUUGAGAGUUGGGGAGUGGACAGCAAAUACGACUUUUAUAACCUGGGCAGUUAAUGAGUGUGCCAGUCUGUUAUAGGAAAGGGAUUGUGAGGAUAUUCCACACUGCAGUUUAAGCUGUUAGCCAGGUCCAAUGCCUUUACUGCCGUUUCUACAUGACGAUGCCGAAGCUGAAUUCUGCUGCAGUCUAAGAUGUUUUCUUGGUGACAAUAAACGAAAAACGUGGAUCAACUCUUUUUAAACUUAAGUUUGAGUCACUUAGGGAAUUUUAGGAAUAGGCUGCGUCUUUUAAACAGUGGACUCUGCCACUAUCAGUGCUCAAGAUCUUUAAACAUUCAAAAAUUGUAACUAGUUGCCAGCACAUGGGCUCAGGCAGGGUAAGGCAGUGGCCACCAAGCCUGGGUCAGGGUUAGAGCUUUCCCUCAACACAUGGCGGGAGGAGAGAACCAUCUACCCCUGCAUGUUGUCUUUGGAUCUCCAUGUGUGCACUGCACAUGGGUGUUUUACACCCAAGGAAAUGUCCAGACAAACAAGUGAAACUUCAGCGGUAGCCAGAUGUCCUACACUCUCUUAACUGUCUCUGUAGGAGUGUGGUCCAACGGGAGACGCGGAUGGCAGAGUUUGGGUAGUUUUAGUUACCCUAGAGUUUCAUUUUCUACACUGGCAAGCGAUUGACACUGGCUGCGUGGAUGGAGGACUGAUGUAUAAUUUUGAAGAGCUGUAGAUAAAUAAAUCUUGAGUAACUUCCCCUACCAAAUAAUGGUAGUAAGGGGACUGAUUUAACCAGCACUACUUCUAGUUAAUACUAGUGGAAUGUCUAAACUCUUAUGGUUAAGAGACAGAUUCCACCCAGUUCUUCGUCAGUAGCAGGAGGCACCCCACCCUCCUUUCACUAUUGAAAUCAGUAAGGUCCAGCUGGCACGGUGGCACACACUAAGUGACCCUCUGAGCCAGCCUGGUGAACACUGGGAGUUUCAGGCCAGCCAAGGCGGCAAACAUGGACCCUGGUGGUGUUUUGUCUUUUGUUUUUUGUUUUUAAUUCAAUCAAGUCCCUAACAACCACAGAGGAAGGGAAAAAGAGUUGUGUGGGUCUGUGGAGCUCUGAAUGGCUAACUAGAGAGGAACCCCAGCCCAUAAACUGCUUUGAGUUUGUGCUUCAAAGGCUAGGUGGUGAGGGUUAAGUUGGGUUGUUUUUACUGGAAUAGCUUCUCAUUAAGUCUGAUUAACUUGUGGUCUCAAUACUAUUAAUUUUCUCACGGUCAAACCCAAAACACUUAAAAAAUAAUGCAAGUAAUGCUUUGUGAAGGGUUUUUUGUUUUGUUUUGUUUUGUUUUGUUUUUGCAUGUCAAAAACGAAUGCAUUUCUAUCUUACAUAAUCCUAGCAUUCUUAAAUUACUGUAUUAUUUGUUUUACCUUUGUGUUUGGAAAGAAUUAAACACUGAACUGCCCACU